AACACCGAACUCCACUUCAGCGUAUUGAACGAGGAAGUUACCCUUAAAAUCUCUUUAGUAUGUCUUGAAGAAAGGUUCUUCGCCGUUUCUUAAUUGGUGUUUCCCAAUUUCAUACUCCAGUAGCGUCGGGGCUGUCGUUGAUCGAAGGGAAGAGGAAAGAACGAGUCACUUCCGCCACGAAUUUUUGUGCCUCCGACAGUCCGCCACAAAUUCUGAAGAGUUGUUGUAAACUAGAAGAAUGGCUCAAAAGUUAUGUCACGUAGAAUCAGUUGUGUCGCUGGAUCCAUGUCAUCCGUUAACCGAAUCGGAUGUCUAUGAACGCGGGCUUCACGAGGAUAUCGGAACAAGAUGGAUGGAAUUAGCUCGAAAAUUAGGUUUUCAAAAAUCGGUGAUUGAUUCAAUAAAGAGUGAUAAUCCAUCUGAAAAGGAACGCUGCGUCGAUCUCUUAGUCCAAUGGAUGGAAAAAGAAGGCAGGGAUGAAGCCACUGCUGGUAAAUUGGCUGAGGCAUUAACAGAUAUAGGACUCAAAACUCUGGCUGAAAAAUUACUCGGUCCAUUAAAUGGCAGAAGAAAAAUAGUGAUUGAGAUCACUGGAACAAUUAAGCUUAAUGAUAACUACGAGGUCAUGCUGGGUAUCGACCGCUAUGGAAAAACUAUAUUUUUCAUGUGGGAGAGUGAGGGAAAAGAAUUUAAGACAUCCCUCGAGGAACUGAAGAACUAUGUUGACGCUAGCAGCUGCAUUGCUGCUGAAACUGUUGAAAUUACAGGCGAAAUGGAUUCAUCGGCAGAAAGGGCGAACAAUGGUUUUACCGAAGAGGAGCAAAGAAUUUCCAGCCAGUUGGAAGAUCUCCAGGGAAAGCUGAUGGACAUGGUGAAGAGUUUGGAGAUACCCGAAUUAAAGGGAGAUGCUUUUGCGAGGACCAGCAAGUUGGAUUUCAUCGAUAAACAAAGUCGAACUCUACAGGAGCUCUACACCGAAGUAACUGGAAUGACAAGAAAGGCUUGUAAUUGCAACCAUACCCUUAGAAGAACUUUCUACGACUUUGCCUACCACAGCCUGAGAUCACUGCAUAAUGAUCUCAGUGCCCGUCUGGGGGACCUAGAAUCGGAAAAAGAUGGUAUGACGGAGGAGGAGAAAAGAAAUCUGAAAAACCUUGUAUCGUACCGAGACGGCAGGGAAAGUCAAAUUAUUCAGCUGGAGAGACGUUGGAUACGGCUUUUCUCUCCGGUAGAUGAGUUGAAGAAGUCUCAAACAUUCCCUUCUCAGAGACUAACCCAGAUAACAGCUCAGAAUUUCAGAUUUAAUUCAGAUGGAGCCCAGCUAAAAGAUUUGAAAACAAAGUCGAAGAUCCCCAGGAUAAAGAAGAAGAAAACGCAAGACAAAGCAUCUUGUGUCCUUACUUCUUACAAAACAGAUAAUGACAGAAACCAAGAUAAAGAUUCUAUGGACAAGAUAUAAGUAUCAGCCGUCGUCGUUCGUCGGGGGAUGCGAUAUUUACCUUGAUUAGAGUGGAUACUCUGGAGUUACAUUUUCCGGCACCAGAUAGUCUAAUCUUUUCUUGGUUAGCGCUACAUCCCUGGUUAAAUUUUUCUCAGUUAGUGGUAUGGACAUGAAGUAAAGACAAAGGAUUUGAGAUCUGGAUGAUCCAAGUUCAAAAUCGUCAUUGAGUAGUCCCGAUGGAGUCCAACGCCUUAAUUUGGCUUUGUAAAUAGUCAACUAGUUUGCUAUCUACCUGCUCCCCCUCCUUUCCCCCUCCUCCCCCCCCCACCCUCAGUGGUUUACUUGCUGUACUCUCAGUAAUCACUAGCUUAUUUACUAUGUGCGCAUAAUCUCCAACAUAGGUGCAGAGUUGUUGGAUAUAUCUUAUCGAAGUUCUUCAUUUAGUACAAUACUCUACGGACUCUCUAUGAAGAAUCAAAUGAAUUGAUUAGUUCCGAUGAUAUCCUCUGUUAAAGACUGGCAUAGGUCAGGCAGAAAUUUUUUCCCAGAGAAAUAUAUUUUUUUGAACCUCGAUCGCUCUAUACUUUUGUGAAGUACCGAGUGAGUUUGGUAUGAUUUAUACUAUAUAUUUGGCUCUAACUUAAGAUUUGAAAUCAAAAUCCGAGGUUAUUUUGGUUUCAACUCUGAAGUUGAAUUUCUUUACUUUGAUUUCAUUGGCCCGCUUGCGCACUGAGGCCCACCGAUAGUGAGUACUAAAGCGUACACUCUAUAGUUUGGUUAAUCAGAGCCAUUCAAUAUUAGAGUUAAAGAAUGGUUUCGAAGAAGAGAGGUAAGAGAAGUAAAUCUGCUUUUAGUAGAAUUGUAGCGGAGGAAAGAGAAUAGUAAACGGUGUCUGACAGUAUUUAUCCUUUAA